AUGUUGGACAUGUCCCCUUUUAAUUACCCAAUUUGUCCCAUUUGUUCCAUUCUCCAGAUGAGGGGCACAGAGAAGGCCGCACGCGGACCAGUGGGGACUUGUACGUCUCAGCAGCUCCUCUGCGGGGCCUCUGAAACUGCCGUGGGGAGGAAGACCAGCUCGCCACCAGAAAUAGGGGCGAGCGAGGACGGUAGAAUACUGCGCAGGGAACGGUUUCAGCCGUUUUGCAUUGUGUUGAGUCAGCCGCAGCCGGAUCUGGGAAAGGGGCUGCCCAGACAAAACAUUUUUUUGUACGGCACCUCCCACACUCCGAGACACGGAGGCACGAUGAAAAAGGAGACGGCAGCCGGGGAUAACUACAACGCCGGAGGAACAAGGGAAAGAGACAAAUUGGGACAUGUCCCGAUACAUCUCGUCUCGGCCAUAUUGUCCCUCGACAUUUGUCGCUGGCACGUGACUAUCUUGAGUGUGUGGGUGUUUUAG